AUGACUCGAGCACUUCUGCACCUGCACUUGACCACCAUGAGCAAGGAAUCAACGGCUUCGCACAACCUCCGCACGCUUGUGCAGCAUAACCUUCUGGACAAGAUGAUCAAGCAGACGAGCUUGGCUUCCCACGGAUGGGUGGUGCUUGUCCUUGACGACACCACGACCCACCUGGCCAACACUGUGAUUCGAAUGACCGACUUGACAGAACGCGGCGUGUCCAUCGUUGAGCGGCUCGAACUUGCACGUCAGCCUUUCCCCGAAAUGGCGGUCAUCUACUUCAUUUCCCCUGUCGCAACGUCCCUCGACAAAGUUGUAGCCGACUUCUCCAAGGCCGAGACCCCCAUGUACGGCGCCGUGCACUUGUACUUCAAUUCCCGCAUCGACGGCGCCGUGCUGGCCAAGCUCAAGACGUGUCCAUCUCUUCUUUCCCGCGUCAAGACGCUGAAAGAAGUCAACCUGGACUACCUCGCCAUCGAGCAAGCGGCGUUCUCGCUAGACAUGCCGCAUGCCAUGCACACGCUGUACUCGCCGCUCUCGAACCCGUCCACCGUGGACCCGAUUCUCCAAUCCAUCAGCGCCAAACUCGUGACUCUUUGCGCCACAUUGGACGAGUACCCGUACGUCCGAUUCCGCGCCGGCCAGCACAAAAUGGAGACUCUCGCGCGGCUCUUUCAAACGAAAAUGAACGACUACGUGGCCGGUAACUCCGCGUUUGCCUAUUGCCCCCAGCGGUCCACGCUUCUCUUCAUGGAGCGGUCACAGGAUCAAAUGUCCCCGCUCAUGCACGAAUGCACGUACCAAGCGAUGGUGUACGACCUCUUGGACGGCAAUGGCCUCGACGGCGACGCGAUUUCGUACCCCGCGGACACGGCCAACGGCACCGUCACCAAGCAAGCCCUAUUGAACGAGAACGAUCCGCUGUGGUGUGAACUUCGCCACACGCAUAUUGCCGAAGUGAGUCAGGACAUCGGACAACGCAUGGCGGCGCUGUCUGCGUCGAACGCCGGCACGUCGCUGACAGGCAAAGGCGGGAAGGCUCCAGACGUGGCGCAGCUGGCCGCGGCCCUUCGCGAAUUGCCCGAAUUCCGCGACACACUGAGCAAGCUGUCGCAGCAUUUGUACUUGGCGGGCAAGACGCUGGACGUGUUCACCAAGACCGACCUGCUCGGUGUGUCGACGCUGGAGCAGAGCAUGGCCACGGGCGUGGACGAGACGGGCAAGAAGAUCAAGCUGCCGAAAGUGAUGAAGGACAUGGAAGACUUGCUGCGCGACCCGAAGGUCCCGAAUUCAGACAAGGCGCGGCUCCUCGCGAUCUUUGUCAUCACAAACGACGCGGUGAAAGACGUCGAGCGCAAAAAGUUGUUUCAGCUGGCCAACCUCCCCGCCAUCACGGACAAGGCGCUUCAAAACAUGAAAUACCUAGGAGUGUUCAUGUCCAAGAUUUCCGUCGUGGCCAACGCCACGGGCCACGCGCUGACCACGGACGACCUGACAACCGCGGCCAAGAAAGCGACGUCGUCCGAGUACGCCACGUCCCGCUACGAGCCGAAACUGAAGGGGUGGAUGGAGAAGAUCCUUAAGAAGACCCUCGACGCCACCGAGUUUCCCUAUGUCAUCAGUCCCCCGUCGGGGUCGAACUCGCCGACGUCGAAGAAGGAGCCCGUGUCCAUGCGCAAGAAAGUGGCGGCCAAGUUCAACAAGGGCGGGGAGUCGCCUACUGGGGGCAAGGAUGCGGCGUUUGUGGGCGAGAAGUUGAUUGUGUUUGUGGCUGGGGGGGCUACAUAUUCCGAGGUAUAUUUGAAUUCGCGACAUGAAAUACCACAGUAACGUGGUUGCAGUUGCGCAGUGUGUACGAACUCCGUGACAAAGAAAAGCGCGACAUUGUCAUUGGCGCGACGUCGUUUUUGCGCCCCAAGACGUACUUGGACAACCUCGUGACGAUUGAAGACCCGAUGACGUCGAUGGACCGAACGACCAGCGCCGCCCCGAUCCAUCCGUCGGAUGUGAACAUGGACGAAAUCAAGCUCAGUCCGUCCAAGUCGGACGCUGGGCAACACCACUAAGACCUUGCUUAAUUAGCUGUCCACUUAAGGCUAACGUUAUAGCUAUACUAUAUAUUCCUCCACACCCCA